GAUGAAGCGAUCCCCCAUUAAAUUGAAGCCGCGGAGAACUCCCCUUUUUUGGUCCCCGUUGAUGAAAGGCGGUGGUCUCGGCGGCGGAGUUUUGUCGGAAAAUGGGCGGCGGCGGCGGGGAAUCGGAAUCGCACAGGGACGACGAGUGGCCGGAGCCUUCGGUUGCCGGGGUCGUUGAAGCGCCAAUUCUUUUCUUUGUAGUCACGCACAAGGCUUUCCGCGCGGAGCUCGAUUCGGUGCGGCGCGUGGCGGCGGCGGCGGCCGAGGGCGGCGCGGUCAGCGGAGAAGUCGUCGUUGACCUUUGCCGGAGGCUCGAGUUUUUGAAGCUUGUGUAUGACUACCACAGUGUUGCAGAAGACGAGGUUAUCUUUCUCGCGUUAGAUGCUCAAGUAAAGAACGUAGUACAGACGUAUGCCCUUGAACAUAGGGCUAUCGAUGAUAGCUUCAACUGCAUCUUCCACCACCUGGAUGUCUUGAUGAACAAAGACGAAGAUGCAUCUCAGACGUUUCAAGAUCUUAUUUCUUCGAUUGGUACUGUUCAGACCAUGAUUUGCCAUCACAUGCAUAAAGAAGAGGAGCAGGUGUUUCCUUUGCUGAUGGAGAAAUGCUCUCCCGGAGAGCAGUCUCAGCUGAUCUGGCAGUAUAUGUGCAGUGUUCCCACCAUCCUACUGGAGGAAUUUUUACCAUGGACGACACUUUAUCUUAGUUCGGAUCAAAAACUAGAUGUCCUGAACUGCGUAAAGGUUAUCGUUCCUAAAGAAAGACUACUUCAAGAGGUAGUCGUUUCCUGGAUUCAGCACGGGAGCCCUUCUUCAUGUGCCAACAGCAUAUACGGAAAGAGGCAUCAACUGCUAAGUGGACUAUCCAAUAGGGACAUACAUAAGCUAUAUCCACUUCAGAUUUCGUCUGACCGAGAACAACAAUUCAAGAAAGCGUGUUCGAUCCAAGAGAACUCUGUGGAGGAACCUGUCAAGGGUAUCCAUAUUUGGCACGCUGCUCUGCAAAGAGAUCUCAGUCAAAUUAUCGAGGAAUUGCUUCAUAUAAGAAGCUCAAACUGUUCCUCGAGUUUGUCUUCAGUCAUUGUUCAGCUCAAAUUCAUUGCAGAUGUCUUGAUCUUCUAUAGCAAUUCUUUGGACAAAAUAUUCUGUAAUUUGUCGAAUCUUGUGGCUGAGGAUAGCAAGUCUCGAUGCAGUCCACUUGUAGACGAAUGCCAGAUUAAGGUUCUCCAACGGCUGCUGCUCUAUGAAUCUCGAGAUUCAACACAGCAAGAAAACUUUGUGGAGAUGCUUUAUCAGGAACUGGAAUCCCUUGUUAGAGGUCUGGAAAAAAACUUGAUUCUUCUUGAAACUGAGGUUUUCCCAUCCAUUACAACGACUUGCACCGUUGAAAUGCAGAUGUGGUUGCUCCAGGCAUGCCUUUAUAUGAUGCCACUCGGGCUGCUGAGGUGCACGGUUACUUGGUUCUCGUCUCAUUUAACUGAGCACCAGUCAAAAUCUAUCAUAAAGAAAGUAGAGCUCGGAUGUCCUGCGAUAAGUAAGCCUUUUACAUCUCUACUAUGCGAAUGGAUUCGCAUUGGCUCUUCAGGGAAAAUCUCGGCUGAAAGGUUUAGAUCAAAUUUGGAAGAAACAUUCAACGGGAGAAGCUUUUACUUGGCUGAGCAAAACAGGCAGAAAAUUAGAUUCACCGAUUGGAUGUUCAACCGAAAUGCUACAACAAUGGUAAAGAUGAGUGCAGACUUUCCAUCUUCUUCUGCUGCCUCUUAUCCGAGUGAGAUGAAUAUCCGCAUAUUCUUCUCUCAGAAGUUCAAAAGAAGGCCAUCGCUUCAAAGAGGUCUCGUGGAAGCUGACCAUGGUACUUCAACGACUCUUGAAUCUAGGCCCAUGGAUGCUAUUUUGUAUUUCCAUAGAGGUCUGAUAAAAGAUCUUGAGUAUCUUGUCAGCUUAUCAGCUAAGCUGGCUGCAGAUGUCGGAUUCAUCGCUGAGUUUAAGAAGCGCUUUGACCUUUUGCGUACCAUCUUUCAAAUUCAUAGCGACUCAGAGGAUGAGAUAGCUUUUCCGGUUCUGGAAUCGAAGGGAGCACUUCGAAACAUAAGCCACUCCUACAGCAUGGACCAUAAGUUGGAAUUCAAAUACUUCACAAAAACAUCGAAAAUCCUGGAAGAGAUAACUGAAUUGUGUGAUCAGCAGGGAAGCAACGAGACUAGGGCGCGGGUGGAGAAGUUGCUUUCGAAAAUCCAUCAUACUUGCGUGUCUAUGUCUAAGGUACUAACGGAUCACAUGUAUCGUGAAGAAGUUGAGAUUCUUCCGUUGUUUAGAGAGAGCUUCUCGGUUGAUGAGGAAGAAAAGAUCAUAGGCCGUAUGCUUGGGAGGACGAGAGCGGAGAUGCUGAAGACAGUGAUAACAUGGCUAAUGUCACAUCUGAAUUGUGAUGAGCAGCAGUCAAUGAUGUCUAUAUGGCUCAAGGUUGCUAGAAACACUAAGUUCGAUGAAUGGCUACGAGAAUGGUGGGAAGGUAUGGCGGAACAUAACGUAUACACAAAGCAGGUGGGAUCCAGACCUCCUGCUGACCCACUGGAAGUUGUUUCGACGUAUCUGCUGAAAGAUGGUGCACAAAUGAAAAAAGUUGGCCAUAACAGAGAGACGCAAAAGGAAUCCUCAACCGAGGAUUCUAAGCAUUCUGGAUCUUCUGAUGCUAAAAAAUCAACUUCUAUUGGCAGAGGGAGGGAUACGUUUCAGACUCAAGAUUUAAGCCUAUAUUGGAAUGAGACUGACAAAAGGAAACUCGAUGAAGUGGAUAAGAUAUGCCAUGAUGCAGCGGAGAUAACUAGUACAGAACGUCGGGAAUUGAGCCACCAAGAGCACCCUCUAAGUAUGAAUCAGGAGGAGCUGGAAGCUGCAAUAAGAAGGGUGUCUCGAGACAGUAAUCUGGAUUCUCGACAGAAAACCUAUCUAAUCCAGAAUUUGCUAAUGAGCCGUUGGACUAUAAUGCAAAAGAUGCACCAUGAGGCUUCUGAAGGGACUCACAAGGGAGAUAUCCCCGGUCAAAGUCCUUCUUAUCGAGAUCCUCUUGGAGCAACUUUUGGUUGCAAUCACUAUAAGAGAAAUUGUAAGCUUUUGGCUCCAUGUUGCAAUAAGCUCUUCACAUGCAUACGUUGCCAUGACGACGAAACAGACCAUUCGGUGGACAGAAAAGCUAUAACGAAAAUGAUGUGCAUGAAAUGUAUGGUAAUUCAGCCGAUUGGGGAGAACUGUAUGAGCCAAUCUUGCAAUGGCUUCUCCAUGGGAAAAUACUAUUGCAAAAUUUGCAAAUUGUUUGAUGACGAACGGCAAAUAUAUCAUUGCCCUUACUGCAACUUGUGCCGAGUUGGGAAGGGGCUGGGCGUUGAUUACUUCCACUGUAUGAAGUGCAAUGCUUGUAUGGGGAAGGCUCUAUAUGUACACAUAUGCAGAGAGAAGUGUCUCGAGGACAAUUGUCCUAUCUGCCAUGAGUACAUAUUUACGUCCAACUCCCCAGUCAAGGCACUUCCAUGUGGCCAUUUGAUGCAUUCAUCUUGUUUUCAGGACUACACUUGCUCUCACUAUAUUUGCCCGAUAUGUAGCAAGUCGCUCGGUGAUAUGCAGGUGUACUUCGGGAUGUUAGACAUUCUGUUAGCAGAAGAGAAGAUCCCGGAAGAGUAUUCUGGCCGGACUCAGCUUAUACUAUGCAAUGACUGUGAACAACGAGGAACUGUCUCAUUUCAUUGGCUUUACCACAAAUGCUCAUAUUGUGGUUCGUACAACACGAGGGUUCUCUGAUAUGAACUCCAAAAAGUUUGUAUGUACACCUGACUAGAUGUAGAUAUGUCCCAUUUACCAUUUAUGCAACUGGUAAGAAACAGUUUUCAGUAGGUGAACUUUUUCAAGCUACUCUAUCGCCAUUGUCCCUCUAGUAGAGAGAUGUGGGUAAAAUAACCUAUUGCCGGUGUCUGUACUUAAGCUCAAUCAGUGAAUAAAUGAUGAAUUCCAGAUGCAUUUUCUGAUUUUUUAUCAUGAGCCAAGGACAUUAUGUGUUGAUGUUUUUACUUUUCCGGCGUAUAUUUCUGUGAGACUCUUGGCUAUGUCAAAUAGUUUGAUAUGUACAUCUUACGAUAUAAUUGUACGAAGAAAACACAUUAAUGUAUCAUGCUUUGGAGAA